AUGACAGCGGGCCGACAAUCCCGCUUCGGCCAAUGGGCCGGUGUCAGCCCAGGAGAGACUGGCAAAGCUGCUUCCGAAGAAGCUGUGAAGCAAGAAGUUGCGGUGAAGCGACCUCAGCCCAGAUCAAGGCCGCUGAAGCAGGACCGCCGCUCAAGUACGUUUGCGAACCCAAGAUGGAUCCGUGUGGUGUUUCAGCCACGUGUUGCAGUCCGAAAAUCCCCGACCCUCACAUCUCCCACUGUCACCUUCCUCGAUGCCGGGGAGGUGGUCGAGAUCGCGGAAGUCAAAGCAGGCUGGGUGAGGCUUGCCGACGAAGAGAAGGAUGACCGGGAUGUGUCGGACGACUGCGAAGCCUGGGUGCUGCAGGAUGGCAAAGAGGUCAGCCUGGGAGUCUUGUGUGAGGACUGGGAGCCACGCUGGUUCUGUGUGGUCUUCGAGACGCAAGUGGCUGUGCGCAAGAAGCCUUCCUUGCAGGCACACCCUGUGGCCUUUCUGAAGACGGGAGAGAUCAUCGAGGCUGCCGAAGUCUCCCAGGGCUGGGUCAGGCUCUCGGAGGCGGACCGAAGGAGACUGGACGUGUCGGAGGACUGCGGGGCGUGGGUGCUGAUUAAUGGCCACGAGAAGGGCCUCGGGCGCUUGCUUGCCGCUUCGCCUCCGCCCCCAGAGCAGCUGGCGCCGUUGGAAGAAGCCUGA